AUAUAAACAAGAACCUUAUUUGAAAGAUAAGGUUAUCUGUAGUCUGUUUUUUAAAUUUUAUUUCAUCAUGAAUUUAGCGGCAGUAAUUAGAAAUUCAGGAAAACUUUUGAGAUCUAUCAGUUAUCAGGUCUAUUCUACUAGUACUAUUUCAUCAGAACAAUCAGUUUUCUCUGCCCCUUCCAAUGAUUCCUCUGUAGGAAGAAAAGAUAUGCCAGUUGAGAUAGAGAAUCCAUUUGUUAAAGAAAAACCUCAAUGUAUUUUAUGUAAGAUGAAUAUAACACCAGAUUAUAAGAACGUGAGGCUUCUCUCACAAUUUGUUUCACCUUAUACUGGACGUGUAUAUGGAAGACAUAUUACUAGGCUAUGUAAGCACAAACAAGAAUUAGUUGAAAAAGAAAUUAUUAAAGCCCAACAUGCAGGAUUUAUGCCAUACAUUAACAAAGAACCUAAAUUUUUGAAGGAUCCUAAGCUGUUCAACCCAGAAAGACCUAUGAGGAACCAUGAUUAUUGUUAAGCUUUUUAUUUGUAGAUUUUAUUUAUAGUUUGUAAAUAAAUGUGUUAAUUAAUUCUAAA